GCGCCAAGCUUCGCUCUGCCGUGCUGUCUCACUAGUGAGGCCCAGAGCCGGCGAGUUCCCUACUUUCUCUCGCGAACCUACUGCCUCGGGCUUCCCGCCACGAUGGAGUAUCUCAUCGGCAUCCAGGGUCCCGACUAUGUCCUUGUAGCCUCCGACCGGGUGGCCGCUAGCAAUAUUGUCCAGAUGAAGGACGAUCAUGACAAGAUGUUCAAGAUGAGUGAAAAAAUCUUACUCCUAUGUGUUGGAGAGGCUGGAGACACUGUACAAUUUGCAGAAUAUAUUCAGAAAAACGUGCAGCUUUAUAAGAUGCGAAAUGGAUAUGAAUUAUCUCCCACAGCAGCAGCUAAUUUCACACGCCGAAAUCUGGCUGACUGUCUUCGGAGUCGGACGCCAUAUCAUGUGAACCUCCUCUUAGCUGGCUAUGAUGAGCAUGAGGGUCCAGCACUCUACUACAUGGACUACCUGGCAGCCUUGGCCAAGGCCCCUUUUGCAGCACAUGGCUACGGUGCCUUCCUGACUCUCAGUAUCUUGGACCGAUACUACACACCAACUAUUUCACGUGAGAGGGCAGUGGAGCUUCUUAGGAAAUGUCUGGAGGAGCUCCAGAAGCGCUUCAUCUUGAACCUGCCAAACUUCAGUGUUCGAAUCAUUGACAAAAAUGGCAUCCAUGACCUGGAUAAUAUUUCCUUCCCUAAGCAGGGCUCCUAACGUCAUGUCCUUUCUUACACUUGCCAGAGAACUUUUUUUGAUGAGCUCCUUUAAUUUUUUUCUACACAUUCGGUGUACGCUCUUGAUAGAUGGUUAAUUCAGAAUAAAGCUGAAUAUGGAUAGACUG